AUGCUGUCGCCCUCGAGCCUCAGCCGAGCUGGCCACGAGGUGCUGAGCAGCCGAGGCGACACGGCGGCGGCGCUUCUGCUUGCCCAACCAAAGCGGACGCCUGAAUCCCUGCGACUACGACCGUCCGACAGUGGCUGUUUCUCCGAGACACGGGCGUCCCGCGACGAACACAGCUUCGUGGUGGAAUGUUGCUAUUUGCGACGCGCUAGCACGGAUCAGCCUCUCCUCGAGACCACACACAACCUCAGAGCGGCCAACUCGGCCGAGGGGGCCGUGUCUAAACGCAGCGGUUGCCAAGCAGCGCGUCGGUUCACCAAGCUCGGCCAAUUCUCCGCCUCUCUGAAGCAACUGUCCAGUCCGGGCGUCAACACGAACGGGCAAGACGCGAUGGUGAUGCGACGAAAUAUCGCCUCUCGGUUCUCUUCGUCGGCAGACGCGCUCGUCUCGCCGACUACAAGCAGCAGUCCGAACUCCGGUCGCCGGGCAGCCUCGGCCGGCCGUCGAACCCAUCCCGCUUUAGCCGCCUACAGACUUGACCGCCUCCCCUACCGUCUCGACUACACCAGUCUGCCAUCGUCUGGCCUUGGGCCCACCGGUUCUCAGGUUGGUGUCUCCAUCUCCACUUCUCCGCAGACCAGAUCCUCUUCUUCCUCCUCCUCCUCCUCUUCUUCCUCUUCUGCCGCCAUUUCGCUCUCUGACACCGCCAGCGCUUCCGUCGCCGUUCAGACUCGUCGAAUGGCGAUUCGCUCACUCAGCUCGCCCCCUUCGGCCAGUCGAUGGCGGCCGCUGCAGACGCGGAGGAGGGUUGUCUCGGAGGGCAGUCAUGAGGCCGAUGUGGCCGGUACCGACACUUCCGAGCAGCCGCAACCCUUGCCCGGGCCGAGUGCGCCUCUUCACUUUGCACUGAGCAUGUCUCCUGUUCUGGUGGAGGAAGAGGGUCUGCAGACACGACAACAACAUCAGCUGCAGGAGCAAGUGGCCCAUUCGUCUACCACUCACCUCGACGUGGAGCAGAAGACCCGCAAGCCCGAGCCUCAAGAAGGCACAGGCCAGUCGCUGUCCAAAUGGCGGCUGUAUGCAGACCAAUUAGACAUUCAUUCUAACUUCCAGCACCGGGCCGUUGACAUCUUCAAUUUGAGGCGCACAGAGUUACAACUUGUCAUUGAGCAGGCCGACCACGAUGUGGGAAGUCAAGGUCUUUGUGUUGCCACGGCGAUGAAGCGAAACCGAUGUCAAGCCUACAGGAACGCAUUCAUAUAUGAAGAAAAUGUGGGUGGCAACCGUGGCUGUGUGGUGAAGUGGUGCCGCGGAUGA